AAGCCGGAAGUGGCCGCAGUACUUCCGGUGCGGGAAACUCCUCGCUGCGGCUCCGAGCGGGCUUGACAGGCGCGGUCCCUGCAAGUAGGUCUCUCUCCAGUUGCCUUCCUCCCGUCUAACCUUCCAGCUCGUUUGCCGCUGCCGUCCCGCCACGCCGGUCUCCGAAGCCGCCCCUUCCCCAUGUGCCGGGGCAGGAGUCCGGAAAGCCAAGACCCGCUCGCCGGUACCCCAUCAUGUCCGAACUGACUAAAGAGCUGAUGGAGCUGGUGUGGGGCGCCAAUAGCAGCCCCGGUCUCUCUGACACCAUCUUCUGCCGCUGGACGCAAGGGUUUGUGUUUAGUGAAUCAGAGGGAUCUGCAUUAGAACAGUUUGAAGGUGGCCCCUGUGCUGUUAUUGCACCUGUUCAGGCAUUUCUUUUGAAGAAGCUCCUGUUUUCUUCUGAGAAGUCUUCUUGGAGGGAUUGCCAAGAGGGAGAGCAGAAGGAACUCCUUUGUCACACCUUAUGUGCUAUUUUAGAAAGUGCUUGUUGUAGCGACUCUGGACCAUACUGCUUGGCUUCAUGGUUAAGAGGAAAGACGGCUGAAGAGACUGCUGGUCUUCCUGGGAGUCCUGCACAGUCUAGCUGCCAAGUGGACCACUCUUCUGCCUUGGCUGUCGAAGAGCUUGGCUUUGAGCGAUUUCAUGCAUUAAUUCAAAAAAGAUCAUUCAGAAGUUUAUCAGAAUUAAAAGAUGCUGUCUUGGACCAGUAUUCAGUGUGGGGAAACAAAUUUGGAGUAUUGCUUUUUCUGUAUUCUGUGUUACUGACAAAGGGCAUUGAAAACAUAAAAAAUGAAAUUGAAGAUUCAAGUGAACCUUUGAUAGAUCCUGUGUAUGGACAUGGCAGCCAAAGUUUAAUUAACCUCCUGCUAACGGGACACGCAGUUUCUAACGUAUGGGACGGUGAUAGAGAAUGCUCAGGAAUGAAACUUCUUGGUAUCCAUGAACAAGCAGCUGUAGGAUUCUUAACACUCAUGGAAGCGUUAAGAUACUGUAAGGUUGGUUCUUACUUGAAAUCUCCAAAAUUCCCUAUUUGGAUUGUUGGCAGUGAAACUCACCUCACCGUAUUUUUUGCCAAGGAUAUGGCUUUAGUUGCCCCUGAGGCUCCUUCAGAACAAGCCAGAAGAGUUUUUCAAACUUACGAUCCAGAAGAUAAUGGAUUCAUACCUGACUCACUUCUAGAAGAUGUGAUGAAAGCAUUGGACCUAGUUUCAGAUCCUGAAUAUAUAAAUCUCAUGAAGAAUAAAUUAGAUCCAGAAGGAUUAGGAAUCAUAUUAUUGGGUCCAUUUCUUCAAGAAUUUUUUCCUGAUCAGGGUUCCAGUGGUCCAGAGUCUUUUACUGUCUACCACUACAACGGACUGAAGCAAUCAAAUUACAAUGAAAAGGUAAUGUAUGUGGAAGGAACCGCAGUUGUUAUGGGUUUUGAAGAUCCCAUGCUACAGACAGAUGACACCCCUAUUAAACGCUGUCUCCAAACAAAAUGGCCAUACAUUGAAUUACUCUGGACCACAGAUCGGUCUCCUUCACUAAACUGAUUUGCCGAAGUAUUUAUAAGGAAGAUUGUAAUAGCAGGUGUUGAAAGAGGGAUGAAAGACUGGCGAUUGGCUCAAUUAAGCUAUACACUGGUGUCAUUGAUUAACUGUAGAUAACAAUUGAAAACACAUUUUCAGUGUUUAAGAUAUGUUUAAAUUAUUUGUUUUAAAGCUUUUAAGUUAAAGGUUACCCUGUUUAAACUCUUUAUGUGAAAUUUACUAGCAAAACUAAGCUGUAAUCAAAGUUUAUCACUGUUGCAGUCAGAUAAUUUGGUCAUUUAUCAAACAUCAUAUUAUAACAUCUUUAUAUUGAGUAUCAAAGUUACUAUUUAUAAACUUCUACUUUGGGGUUUUAUUUCAUUCAGGCACAGUUUAUUGUUUAAAUGAUUCUGGCAUGCAAUAUAUCAGCCUCCAAGCUGAAAUGCAAAAGAGUUUAUCUUUGUUAUUUUCUAAAAUCUGGUUUCCAUUAGAAACAUUGAUUGAUAAAUAACAAAUUGUCAACCUGGACCUUUGACAAUUGGCUUAGCUCUGGCAUGUUUAUAAAGAGUAGAAGCUAUAAGGGAACAUUACCAUUUAUUCACAGACAUAUAGAGAAAAGAAUCUGAUAGUCUUAAGACUGUCAGCUUUCACUGUAUUGCCAAAUACACUUUUCCAAAUUUGUCCCAACAGCCCUGUAAGCCAGCUUUCUUGUAUAUUUUAAAUGUGAUAAAUGCAUGAGAACAUCUGUUAUUACAUUAGUAUAUUGCAUUAUUUAUUACGAUCCUAGUUGAUGGCCUAAAUAAACACUUUUUUUCUUCAA